AGAACAUCUUUAAACUUCGUGUAUUUGUUUAUCGUUGUCCUUGACUGUCAAUAUCAUUUCCCAUUACCGCAUCUUCCGGCAUUGGUGACUUCAUUUGGUUCACCUCAGUGACCUACGAAAUCAGCUCCCGCCUAUCGACGCAACUAUAUUGGCGACACAUCGGCAGGACGUCCAAAAAGAUCAGAAGAGUCGAGUGCACUGGAAAGCAGAAGUUAAAGAAAGAAGUGGCCAAGUCGUGCAAUCUUGGAGAUUUCUUUGGGAGAGAAAAAACAGAUACAACAAGGGAGCAGCGAGACGUGUGGUGCCGGGAAAGAAGCGAAAAAGGGACCACAGGGAUCGGCACUGCCAAGUGAUAACCGAUAUCGGUCAAGGAUUUGCGGCACAAACAAAACGAUUACGCAUCGACACAAAGGGAGGACAACGUAGAUCGAUUACCUCCACUCAUCAUUCCUUUCGACACAGCUUGACACAUCUCUUCACCUCGACAUCCCGUUCUUUUUUUGCCACUUUGGGUAUUUCGUUCACUAUAGAAUUUCAACGUUCUUGAGAAUACUCGUUGUACCGCUUCUCGCAUCAUCAUAGGCGCAACUGUAGCAAUUACAUUCAGUCUCGCGAAGCUAGGGAAAAGAGAAACAGUCUCAUCUUCCCAAGCUUUGCGCAAAGCACACAUCCCCUAAACGCGGUAUGGCUCGACCCAUCCGACCAGCACCCGGACCAACUACGCCCAGCGCAGGUCCUUCAACGUCAUUACGCACAUCUGCACGAACCCAUCGUCAAUCAGCAUCUACCUCCGUCACUUCAACAUCGACAUCGGCUUUAACACCAGGUCCCUCGACACCUGCCUCAGACGGGACGGGAGCUAGAAAUGUAUCAGCAAGGAGAGCGCCGGCUGUGGAAGCGAAGACGCAUGGAUUAAGAAGUACGGGAAGUUCGGUGGAAAGAACACCAUGUCCAUUUCCGGCGCAGUUUGGAGGAAGGGCAAACUGUGGAAUAGCAGAAGAGGAUGAAGCAGAUGAAGUUUUGAUGGGUAUUUUAUCAGCAAUUGCUUUUUAUGACAACCGUGCUUUGUCAGUCGAAGAGAUUGCUUUGACUUGCUUCCAGCAAGGCUGGCUACGACCACCAUCUGCUGCCAUCGAGCCCACCACGCCCAUCAACAACGCUAUUCGAUCAUAUAUCAAACGUUGUGAAAAGGCCAAGCGGCACUGUCUUUUGGCCAAGUACCAGCUUGCCGGCUCCGUUGUCGAAUCUGUUCUAGAGGUUGCUCUACAUCCCGAUGCUUUCAAUGGCUCUACUAGACCGAGAGGAGCUGUUUGGUUCCUUUUGAGCGGAUCUGGUGCGGGUUCUGGCAAGGCCAAGUGGAAGAGCCCGUUUGAGGGUCUGGAGAUUCCCAAAAUGCCCCCGCGGAAACCGGCGCCCAAGAAACAAAAAGAGAAUAAACGAGUGGAUGAGAAGAAGCAAGCGGUCAGGGAGAAGAGCAAGGACAAGGCUUUAGCUCCUGUGAAGAUCAGAUUGGUCCUUGCCGGAGGAAAUGGUGAGGAAGAGUCUCAGAGUGAGAAGUCAAGGUCACGGAGCGUGAGCGUGAGCAAAGAUAGUAUCAUAAGUGAAGUCAAGGUGGAACCUGUAUCCAAGCAUGAGGGGACUGCGCCAAGGCGAUACGAUUCAUCGUCAGAUAGCGACACUAGCGAUUCCGAUAUAGAAAUUGACAGCUCAUCCCGACUCCAAUCCUCUCGCCCAAUGCGAAAAGGUCCACCGCCACCACUUGUCAUGAAUGGGUCACCGCGAGUUUUUGGUUCAUCUCGCUUAUCGCAACAACCUCCCUUUGUCGAUCUCUUCUUCCCUUCUCCUGCUAUCAAUACUUUCGCCCCUCCUCAUACGUCCCCUUUUCCUUCACAUUCGCUGGAUAACACCACUUGGACAGCUCGAUAUGACCACAAUCAACGCCAUCUUGACUACUCGAGCUCAAGUGAGGAAGACGAAGUUGUUGACCUGGAAUGGGGUGUGGCGUCUGAUGUCAUUAUACGAGACAGUGUGGAGGAUGAAACCAAAGCAGCUUGGUCGUUGGAAGAUGAAGCCAAGGUCAAGGAAGCGACGGAUGCUUUGAGAGUUUUGUUUCCUUUGGAGGAGCCAGAGGAAGAUAUUGGGUUGGGAAAAGGGUUUGAGCUAAUUCAAAGUGAAUCGCGUCCGACAGGGACAGAUUCGCCUAGUAUCAGUGAACCGGGAUCUAUCGCGACAUCUGCUACCGCUCGAAACAGUUUUCGUAACAAACUGAAAGCUAUCGACGCCGGUGGUCUUCCUCUUAAUGAUUGGGUGGUUAAUUCGAGCCCUAUUCCCUCUCCCAACGUCCGACCGUUCAAAGCUUUUCACCAAGCUCCCCCGGUCGAUUUCAGCCCUACUCAGCACUUUUCUAAAUUGCGAGGUUCGUUCGAUCCGGACGAGAAUAUGGAUGUGGAUGAUGAGCCAUGGCUGGACGAAACUGGAGAAUUGCCUGUUAAGGCGGAGGAUACCUUUUCAGAUGUCGAUCUAAAUUCCACCAUCGACGAGAUUGCUUCACCUGAACACGACCGUCGUCUUCAUACCGCUCUUUGGGCGCAAGAAGCUGCUGCUACAAUUCGAGUCAAGGCCGAACCCGAAGACUUCCCCACUCCUUCUUCUAUCGAAGAUGAGCCGAUGCAAUCCUCUCGUGCGAGUUCGACACCUUCCUAUGGACCAAGUGACGGGCCAGAUUACGAUGAUAUUGGGAUGGAGAGCGUGGCGGACGAGAAGAUUUUGGGUCCGGAGAGUGUUAGCGUGGAGGAACUUGAUGGGUGGUUACCGACAGUCAAGACAGAGCGGACACCACAUAGAGGAAGACCGAGAAAAGGGGGGAAGGACAAGUCUGAUGGACAGAAAUUGGGUUGCUGGGGAGGAAUUGGUGUAUGUUCGUCUGGCAAGCGGGCGACGCGUUCACAUACGGCCACAUCAACUGCCACACGCAGACGAAAGUCAAAAUCAUGUUUCGAGCGUCUCACUCCGGUGAGCGACUCAGGUUCCGGGUUGGCGACAGCAGCAGGCGGGGAAGAUGAGAAUGAGGUUGACGAUGCGAUCGGUACCGAAGAUCUGGAAAAAGCGCGGGUUGAAGCUGACGCACGUGAGGAAGAGCACCGUAAAGCCUGCAAGGAGAAAGCCGAGCGACACCGUGUCAUGCUUGAAGCUUAUCGUCAAACUGUCCGAGCCGAGUUAUCCGAUACCGACAUCACUCCUAGUCCUUGGGAAGCACCCAGUAGCGCUACACCAUGGGGUUCGAGCUCGACGGAUUCUCUUCAGUUACCGACACCGGGGGCGUUGAGUCCAAUGGUGCUGCAUAGCGUCUCAAACUCGAGUCUGGCAACUCCGGGAGAAGGUCAACAUAUGAUGUCUGUUGACCCGAAAGCGCUGGUUUCUCCGCCUUUACAGAGUGUGUUUGGGCAGGGAAUUAGUGGGAAACGUGAUUUAGGUAUGGGUUUAGGGGUGGGCAUGUUGGACGCGGCAUUGACUCAACAAGAGGUGGAUGACAUUAUGGGUACGAGCUCUGCGUCUACGACAGCGCCUUACUCUACAUCGGCAACGACUCCAGCGACACCUUCAACCUCGACCGCUUCGGCGCUUGCGCCGGCUUUACAGCGUCCAGCCACAUCAAGCCCCAUCUCGGGUUCAGCUCCAUCUUCUAGUGUACUUGCCCUUCAACCGACUCCGGUUCCGGUUAUUUCAGCUUCAGCGCCGAAUGAGAAGGGAAUAGCUAUAGUGGCUCUGCCAACGACCUUGUCUGAUAGCGCGCAGGCUUCUAGUACUCUUGUUACUGCUUCUACCGCUUCCGGACAACCCGUACACGUGCCGAAGCCCAUCGCGAAGAAUACUAAGCCCAUUCCUAGCUCUGCCACGCCGUCACGUAGCUCUACCCCGAGCACCGCCUCAAGUGGUAGUGGGAGCAGCCGUUCGGGAGGCAAAAUUGCAACGAUCACGAAACCGCUUUGUCCUGGUGUUGAUGCAUGUGUUGUGGAUAAUAUCCCUGUGUAUGCUCAUUUGUUUGAGGGAAGGAAUGGAUCAGGGAAGCAAGUUUUGUUGCGAAGGCUGGAUACCGAUUUUGUCAAUGCGAACGCCCUUCUCCAUGCGCUUGGUGUAUCUCCGUCUAAGCACUCUGAAUAUCUCGACCAUCCCAUUUCGCAAGCCCGUCUUGCCGCGAGACACAUUGUACAGUCGUCAACAUCAGGUAUGGAGUAUAGCAAUGGCGUCAGUGGAAUAUGGGUGCAUUUAAGUGAGGCAAGAGAAUUUGCGAGGAGGGCAAAGCUGGCCGGAGGAAGUUUGUUGGCGAGUGUAUUGAGAGAGGAUUUGUUCCAGCUUUUUGCAACUCUCGCUCAAAUCAAGCCUGAUCAUCCGCCUUCUGAAUCGUUUGGUUUACCGUUUGUCCCACGUCGACAAACACCGCCCACAUCCACCAUGUCUACCAAUUCUAAAUCCACUCCCAAUCUACCAUCUCUUUCGACCACGGCGUCAGCUCCGGCGGCUAACCAUAUCCGCUCUGCUCCCUCCGGCCUAUCUGCACCUAUAAACGGGCUUAAGGGACCGUUAGUGAGAACAGCACCUGCAACACCACCUGAUGGGUGCCCGCAGUCAAAGAGACGGCGAGCGACGAUUUCGAGUCCGUUGACAAAAAAGUCAGGGGUUGCAAUGGGAAGCGUGGCUUUAGCUCCUGCGCCAGCUAGCGCUGAGGUUGGGGAAGGGGCAAAGACAGGAGUGGCCGUAGGAGCAGGACCAGGAGCAGGGGUGCCGAAACCGACCCACACGACAGUGACAGCAGCGCAGAAGAGAGCAACGAGGGCUAGUUUUGGAGGUCUGCCAGUGAAACCUGCGAGCGGGUGAGGGGUAUAGUUGCAGUUGGCUUUCGACGUGUUUUUCAUCAGGGCGAGGGUGAAGGGAGAUUAUGCUCGCGGACGUCGGAAUAUAAAAACUUGGUUGUUACUCGUAGGGGAGGUAUCUGUUUCCAGUCUCCCACACCGCCAAUGUAAAGGUGUAGUACAUAUAUAUAGCUAUUCUCCUUGAAGAAUGAAUGAAC